AUGAACAUCAUAUCUCCGCAGCCUGAGUAUGUUCGUUCACAGCAUAAAGACAUUGCAUUAAGAUUUAUAAGUUUAGCCUCCUUUGCGGAGUUGCCCAAACCCGAAGCUUUCCGCGGCAUCUUAACACACCGGUCCCACAGGCCGCUGGACCAACUGCUUUGCUGCACCAGGGUGUGACUCCACGCAAUGUUGCUGACUAAGACGGUCACAGCAUAAAGACACAGAAAUUAUGAGCUAUUUCAAAACAUCGAUGCUGGAGAUAGUUGAUGCUUGAUUCGGAUCGAGGAUUAACUUGAAAUAUGCAGCUGAAAUAUCAGUGCUUAUAGAAAUUUUAUAUUAUGCGUCUGGGCUGAUUUUUUCAAAUACAGAUGUGAAGCAGACAAUGGGGCAAGAGUAUGUGAGUAGCUCAAUAGCUGAUUUAGGGAAAGUUGCUAAAAUUAAAAGAGUAUUGGUAAGCACGAAUUACCCAAAAGCUGCACAAUUUUUCAGGCCUGGAUUGGUAAAGAUGUGCUUGUACAUUUUAGUAAAGACUGUUUUCCCAUAUGCAAUUAAGAAAUGAAGCAGGAGAAGUGAGGCAAAGUCAAGGAAUACUGAAAAUAAAUCGUGAUAUGACUGUCUGCCAAGUGCUGAAGAGAUUUGAGAUGAAAUUCUAUCAAAAGCACAUUUAGCUUUGUUUUUAUUGACUGGAGUAUAUGAUGAAAUUGCUAAAAGAAUCCUCAAUUUAGUUUUUGUAAAGACUAUUAGAGCGAGAAAUCCUUACUUCUUGUAUAAAAGAUUGGGAUAUCUCGUUUUAAUACAGAUUUUUAUAAGCACAUAUAAGCUUACAAAAAGAUUUUUGCUAAAAAUGAGAGCAAUGAAUGUCACAGAAGCCCAGCAGCUGGAAGAGAUAUAUGAUAGCAAGGAAUGCCCUUUGUGUAUGUCGCCGUUAAGAAAUCCUUCAGCAACUCCAUGCGGACACAUCUUUUGCUGGAGCUGCAUAAUGAGGGCUUCUCAAAUAAACCCGAUUUGCCCAAAUUGCAGGCAGCAAUGCUUACCCCAAUCAAUAUUGCAGCUGAGAAACCUUUAA